GAGCCUUUAUUCGAUCGGAAGCUCUUCAACGGAAGGAGAAACCUAAAACCAAAACCAAAACCUUUUUUUUUGGUCAUGGAUUUACCGCCGAUGAAAAAUCCUAUGGAUGAUUUGUUCGGAGAAGAUUCCGAUAACGACUCUCGUUCUUCGCGUUCGAAAUCGUCUUCUUCCGGUAAUGCUUCUUCUUCCUCCUCCUCCUCGUCUGGUUCAUCUUCGUCCUCGGGGGCUUCCUCGUCUAAAGGCGGAGAUGGAGAUGGAGAUGGAGACGGUGGUGGUGCGGAUUCUAGCAACUCAAGCGAUAGCGGAAGCAGCGGCGGGAAAGAGGAGCAUGGAGAUGAUAGAGUAGAGAGCUAUAGGAGCAACGACAAUGGAGAAAGUGCGAUUUAUGCUUAUGACGAGGAAGAAGAGGAAGAAGAAGAGAAGGAUCUUUUUGGGUCUGAUAAUGAAGAGUACACUAGGACACCUGCUAUCAGCACUUACUCAAUUCCAGUUUUGCCUGCGGGAUGGAGCAAUGAGAACCAGAGAGGAAUAGGACGUGGUCGUUGGCCAAAUGGGAGAGGAGGACCUGGACUUCUUCCUCGGCCUGGGCCUUACCCUGGAGGACGUGGUGGUCGUGGUGGUUUUGGAGGGAGAUACCAGAGUUAUCAGCGUGAUGAGCGUUUUGUUUCUGAGCUUAAACUUUCAAAAAGCAAAGAAACGUUGGCUAGGAUACAUACCAACUUUCAGGAGCCAUGUGAGCUUGCUAGCUACAGUCGUGUAGAAGGUGGAGAAGUGUUCUUUGAUGAUCGAGGAUUGAGGCUUUUUAAGCGUCUUGUUUCUGAAGAGAUUGGGGCGGAUUUGAAUCAAGGUUAUGAUACUUUUAUUGAGAAAAGAGAUCUGGGCUCUGAAGGCUUUGGUGACCUUCUUGGCAGCAUUAGAGCAAGAAACAUUUCUUUAGAGAACAUUCAUUUUGUGACAUUCCGUAACAAUCUAAACAAGAUACUGGGUGCUGCUUACAAUCGGCAUGAACCGUGGGAAAUGGGUGUGCAUAAGAGGAAUGGAACCAUAUAUCUGGAUGUGCACAAACUGCCUGAAAGGCCACAGAGUGAAUUAGAUCGCCGCAGAUGUUACUGGGGUUAUUGUUUCGAAAGCCUUGCGACAGAAGAUCCAGGAAGAGCUUAUGGGGAAGAAAUAAGUCAUGUGGAUGCGAAUGUUGAAUUUUGUUCUGUUAUCAAGACCAAACUCGGAGCUCACCGUGUUCUGAUGGGUGCUGAAAUGGAUUGCUGCGACGAAACUGACGAAGGAUUGAGGAUGUAUAUAGAGUUGAAAACUUCUCGCGAGUUGGAUGAUCGUACUGUAGAGAGAUUUGAGAGAGAGAAACUGCUUAAAUUCUGGAUACAAUCAUUCGUUGCGGGAGUCCCAUACAUUCUUGUUGGAUUCAGAGAUGAUGCAGGGAGACUAGUACGCACAGAGAGAUUGAAAACAAAAGAUAUCGCGCACAGAGCCAGAUUGAAAAACUAUUGGCAGGGAGGAGUCUGCUUGGCAUUUGCUGAUGAGGUUCUUUGCUGGCUAUACGGCACUGUUAAAGAGAACGAAGAUUACACACUUCAGUUCGUGCACCCUUUCAUGAGGCUUGAGCUUCUUCAAGCUCAGUCUUGUCCUGACGCCAUCACCAAUCAUGUUUACCUUCUUCAACAUCCUCCAUCACCACCACUUCAGUAACUGUGUCUUCUUUAAUCGAGUCUUAUAAAUUUAUAUCACUUAGGAUUCAAAAUCAAAUUUUCUUUUAAAUAAAGGUUUUGAUUUUUGAUUCCUCUUGUUAACUUAUGUAACAAUGCCAAACAAUGAAAAUUGCAUUUCAAGA